AUGACGAAGGGUACCUCCAGCUUCGGUAAGCGUCACAACAAGACGCACACCCUGUGCCGGCGUUGUGGAAAGCGCUCCUUCCACAUCCAGAAGUCGACUUGUGCCAACUGCGGUUACCCCUCCGCUAAGACCCGCAAGUUCAACUGGGGUGAGAAGGCUAAGAGAAGAAAGACCACCGGCAGCGGCCGCACCCGCCACCUCAAGGAUGUCCACCAGCGCUUCAAGAACGGCUUCCGUGUUGGUGUUCCCAAGGGCGCUCGUGGCCCCGAGACCGCUCAAUAA